UGUUGAUAUUUUCUGUCGCCGAUUUCUACAAUGGUAUAAAAAAUGGAAAUGCGUAUAUCUGUUCUCUCUUUAGCCAAACCCUAUAAGAAAACAAUUCGGAAAGUUUAUACUUCUUAGUCAAGCUAUAAACUCAUAGUGUAUGUUUAAACACUUUAUAAGUUGUUUUUACUCAGAAUUUUUAAGAGAAAGUGCAAGAAUGACAUAAUCAGCUAAGCAAAAGCAUGGCAUUAGCCUCUGUAAACCAAGGGGUGGAAGUGAGAAAGUCCAAAAAGUCUGUCAUCUGCUCUCUCAUUCGCUUUUAUAACAGGACUGAAAGAGGAGUUGAUAUUAUAUGGUUAAACUAUGAAGGUGCAAGAGUGAAAUACAAGACUUUGCAAUCUUAUGAAUUCGUAGAUGUGAACACUUAUGUGGGGCAUCCCUGGAUAUUCUUAGAUGUAGAAUCUGGAGAGAGACUUGUAGUUGAUCUGAAAUCUGUGUAUGAACCUACAACAGGUUGGGUACCAGGCCAAUGGCCGCCGAUCAGAAAAGUGGUCAACAUUACAAUCCCUAUUUACUCACUUAAAGACUCCUGCAUAAGAUUUUUUCGAAAGCAUCUUCCAAAGGACAAGUUAGACACACUGGAUUUACCAGGGUCCUUGUUGCAAGAAAUGAAAGAGAGAUAUGACACACCAGCUAUAGCAAGUGGACUGAGGUCAUCUGCCAGAGUUCAGGACAAUUAAUAUAUUUCUUUGUGGGAAACAUUCUGCAUAUUUCGUACAUGUAAUCAAAUAUGCUGAUGGGGAUUUUGGGACAGUCAAGUUCAUAUAAAUUCAUCAAUAUUUGUGGUGCUUUUUGUUUUCUUUUUUGAUAUGUAUUUGCAUUUUUGUUCAUAUAUCAUCUAUAAUAAAUGCUCGUGGCUAAGCCUCACA